AAUCCUAUAAAGAGCCUCGGGCUCUCCAACCACUCAUCGUCGCAGCACAGUUCCUGGUCUUCAAGUUCUCUGUCACCCUCGUCCUACAUCCCUCUCCAGCAACACCCCAGCACUGAGAUGCAGUGGCUUCCACACGCUGGGUAGUCCAGUCCAGAGUUCGUUCCCAACGUCACAUUCGUGGUUCGGGAAGACAUUCUCAGCGUCGUCGUCUUCGUCGUCGUCGUCGUCGUCGUUGGGUCAUAAACUUCACGAAAAAGCCCACUACUAGGGGACUGUUCUGUUUACAAGUUUAUUUGGGUGUGUGUUUGGCCUGCGGACUGAUCAAGGGAGGUCGGAGGCUUUACCUCGGGAUUAUUAGACCUUUCAAGCGAGACUUGCAGCGAUGAGUCUUAAUGAGGUCUUUUACAGUCGCGGUGAGCCGGAAUGGCUCCACCAGCGGCCGCCUGCAUAUGGCUAUGGUGGUAAUUCGCCGAGGACCGAAUUGAGAGUGCUCAUGUGCUGUCACAAGUGCGAAGAAAAGGUUCGAGAGGAAAUCAAUGAAGUCUAUGGAGUGGAGGACAUUUUCACAGACCAAGGACGGUCCGAGGUUGCUGUUUAUGGCUACGCAGAUUCGCACGAUGUGCUGAAGAAAGCGAGGAAAAUUGACAAAAGGGCCGAGAUCGUGUCAUCCGAUUCCUUCACGCUCCACCACGGCAAACCGGACAAACACCGUAAGCACCGCACGUACCAUCAACGUGACAAGCACAACCGUAGCUUCCUCCCCGAUUACAACCCUGGCCACGCUUACGCUCAUCUGCCCACCGAAGUGAGCAGCGCUCGCUACAACUCGAGCCUCAACCAGUCUAGCACUUAUGACAGCCGCUCGUACAACCGCCACCCGGGCAGCAGCUAUGGCAUUCCUGGAUAUGAACACAGGCAUCAUGAUUAUAGACCCGAUCACGACAACUUCCAACCUGAGUACAGACACAUCCGCCGCGGCUACCGACUUGAGCCGGAAACCAUUUACCGAUACAACGACUACCAGCCCGACUUUGCGCAUCAAAGCUUGUAUGGUGGGUACCAGCCGAACCAGAACUACCCUCCCAGCUAUGUCGACAGACGAGACUACCGAGACCCACCAUACCCCGAGGCCAUUGCAAACCCAGACUACAUGAAGCAGAACCAGGACUACUAUUACUGACCCAGUUGGAGCUUGUUACCACUGACAACCUAAAAAAAGAAAAAAAUACUGUACAACCUUACGACGUAUAAUGACAUUUUGGCACAGAACUGGACAAGGAUGAAGACAUGGCCAUGGUCUUGGGAUGGAAUGGAGCUGUUAUUGCGAAUUUUUAUUUGUCGUGUCUGCGUGGGUUAGAUAGAACAUGCCGUUAGAAGGCAAGGAAAGAAAAUACAUUUAGGAGUAGGAUAAGAAUGGGGAGGAGUCAGUCAGGUCCUCCGAGGCAGUCAAUUAUUUUGCAGAAUCUGGAAAUCACUGAUGGGAGGUGGAGUGAUUGUUCGGCUUCUGACUAUCUGUAUACAUCGUCGAAUGGCUUAACUCGGAUAUACAAAGUAAAAAAAAAGAAGAAAAAAAAAAAAAAAAAAAAAA